UAUAUUUUACAAUUAUCUGCGAGUCCACAACCAGAGCCAUCGACUUCAACCGCAGGUCUCACCGUCUAUAAUACCACAGAGUCUUCUUCAAAGAAAGCCCGCCAUCCUUGCACGCUUACUAGGGCUAGCAGAGCACAUAAGCGCCCCUGCAUCUGCACGACUUGUCAAAACACACGCAAAAAGUCAUCUUCCGAGUCAGAACGCCCUUAUGUGUGUAUGGAAUCAGCAACCUGCCAGAAACAGUUCCGGACCUUCCAACAUCUCUACGUGCACAAGAAUACGUACAGCGGGGGUAAACCGUAUGCUGCUGCACCAAAUCGUUCGAUACGAACUAAGAGCUUAAAGGUCACGUCCGCGUGCAUGAUAAUUCAUCAUUCACGUUCCACGUGUGCACACCCAAACUGCUUACCUUCAUCUAACACUGACCCUACAUAUUACCCGACAUGGACAUCCCUCCAAGCUCAUAUACGCGAGGCCCACCCUCUGACAUGCAUGCAUCCCUCAUGCAACGGACGAACCUUCGCUUCCCAACACAAUCUACGUGCUUAUCAGAGAUUAUACGAACGACAUGAAUUAGAAGCCGUCCUCGCAGACUUAGAACCAUCAGAAGCAACAGACUUGCCUCGCAAACGUAGACGCGGCGCAGAAGUGGGUAGAGACUGGAAAUGCGACAAACGCGAAAAAGAAUUGAAAUCUGUACGAUUUGCCUUUGGCUACAAAAAACUCGAAAGGUAUCUGGCCAAGACCCAUAGCACAAGGAGCGAUCAAUCUGUCACAAAUCCGUCCGAGUCAGACGGCCCUACAACCACCGACACUGAUACUGACUCGCACUUGAGCAUCGAUUGCAUCACCGGAUAUACUUAUUCCCUCCGCAGUCGUAUGCCAACGUCAAAACCCGUACGGUGUCCAUUCCCCAACGUCGAGGACCUACUGUUAUUAUCUCCAGAAACUCCGCUUUCCGGUAUUUCAGCGUACUGCGAUCAUAUUUUAACUCGCGCAUAUGAUCUUUGUCGGCAUUUGAAGGCCGAGCGUGGACUCGUCGGGGACAAGAGCAAGGUAGACUCUUGGGCAAGAUCGCAUAGAGGCAGCGCUUAGAGAUCUUGAUAUCUGUCUGUUACGUUCAUACCCUUCUUGAUGUGGGAAGCUGAUAUGUGUUUUUUCUCGAGUCUGGGAAAUGGAGGGUAGGGAUGGUGUAAAUGCAUGCAAAGAUAGUGUUUGUGAUGCGUCUA